AUGGCGCGGUGGUCGCGAUUUGCGCACACUUAUUCAAAGACGCUGAAUUUGCCUCAAUCAGCGCUGGCAAAUAGGUCGGAUCGAAAGAGGGUGCCCGAGUUGCUUGAAAAGACCGGCAAAAGCCUGUACGACUGGCAAGCAGAGGUGCGCAAGGACCAGCGAGCAUAUAUACUCCAUGACGGUCCGCCAUAUGCGAAUGGCGACUUGCACCUCGGCCACGCCCUGAAUAAGGUGGUCAAAGAUAUCAUAAACCGAUUCAACGUGCAGGUCGGUCGAAGGGUGCACUAUCAGCCGGGCUGGGACUGCCAUGGGCUUCCGAUCGAACUUGCAUCACUGGAAAGGCUCAAGAAGAAGAAACAUAAAGUGCCGGACUCGGUAGUCGAAAGACGAGAAAACGCCCAAAGCCUGGCUCUGGAGAUGGUUGAAAAGCAAAAAGACAAAUUCAGACAGUUCGGCGUGAUGGCCGAUUGGGACGGCUUGACCUACCGGACAUUGACCCCCGACUAUGUCGCCCGCCAGCUUCGUGUGUUUGCCAAAAUGAUGGACCGCGGCCUCAUUUUUAGACAACGCAAGCCCGUGUACUGGUCACCUGAUUCUCGCACCGCUUUGGCCGAAGGUGAACUCGAGUACGGUAACGUUGUUUCUCCUACAUGUACAGUAGCUUUUCCGGUAGUUGAUGGUCCAUCAGAGCUCAAAGAUGCAAGACUAGUUAUCUGGACUACCACUCCUUGGACAUUGGUGGCCAACAAGGCCAUAUGUGUCAACGAAGACGUCACCUAUGCUGUCGUGCAAACAUGUCAGGGUAAAUUAGUCGUCGCAAAGACACUGAUUGAAUCUGUUGAUGCCACUGAUGCAGACAUAAUUCACGAACUGAGCGGUAAGGAUCUUAUAGGUACUACCUACGAAUGCGUCUUAACUGGAGAGACUCGUAGCGUCUUCCACGGCUCGCAUGUUACAGAUGCCUCGGGUACUGGAUUAGUGCAUACUGCUCCGGGACACGGUAAAGAGGACUACAUUAUUGGCCAGGCCCAUGGUAUUGAGACUUUUAGCCCGGUGGAUGCAUCUGGAAAAUAUACCGCUGAGCUUCCUGAGCCUGUACGCUAUCUAGAGGGCCUUGAUGCCCGCAAACAAGGGUCUCCUAAAAUCUUAGAGUACCUGAGUAAAACCGGAGCUUUGUUGAAACAGGACACAAUCAUCCACAGUGUUCCAUUCGAUUGGCGGUCGAAGACGCCUGUCAUGAUCCGGUCAACUCCUCAAUUCUUUGUUGAUCUCAGCCCGAUCCGCGAAAAGGCUUUGGCUGCUCUCAGCAAUGUUCGUUUCAAGCCUGCAAGUGGUGAGGCUCGGCUCCGCGCUUUUGUUGAUUCCCGAACUGAGUGGUGCGUUUCUCGUCAACGGGUAUGGGGUGUGCCUAUUCCCGUAUUGCAUCAUAAAGAAUCGCACGAGGUAUUGCUGAAUCACGAUUGCGUGACCCACAUUAUUGACCGUAUCGAUAAAAUGGGUGACGAAGGCCUCGCUCAAUGGUUUACACCUGAAGAAGAUGUCUCUGCUUGGCUGCCUGACUCCAUGUCUUCCAAAGCCGCCGAAUACCGUAAAGGUACCGACACAAUGGAUGUUUGGUUUGAUUCUGGUACUUCCUGGACAUUGUUCCCUUCCAGUGAUCGGCCCGUGGACUUUUAUCUUGAAGGUAGUGACCAGCACCGGGGCUGGUUCCAGUCUUCACUCCUCAGCCAUGUCGCUUUCAAUGACACACCCGUCGCACCGUUCAAGACACUGAUCACACACGGAUUUAUUCUUGACGAAAAGUUACAAAAGAUGUCCAAGUCUCUCAAGAAUGUUGUUUCGCCGGACGAGCUUAUCAACGGUUCCAAGAAAUUCCCUGCCUUGGGUGUUGAUGGUUUGCGUCUAUUUAUUGGCCAAUGUGACUACACCAGCGACAUUUCUUUGUCUCCUAUUGCAGUCAAUCAGGUUGCCUCCACACUGAAAAAACUGCGGUUAACGUUCAAGUACUUUUUGGGCAAUUUAGCGGACUAUACUCCACCGGCAGAUCUCAAGCUGAGCCCAAUCGAUGAAUACGCAUUGAGCCAGCUUGCGCAGUUGGUGAAUGAGAUGGAAAGAGCUUAUGAGGAACAGUCAUUUGGACAGGUCGUCAAGGCUCUUCAAAUCCAUAUGAACAGCCACUUGUCGUCGUUUUACUUUGACACCUCCAAGGAUAUCCUCUAUGCAGAUGGCAAAGACUCCCCGCGCCUUCAAGCUAUCCAGUACGUUUUGCAUGAACUUCUUAAUGCCUAUAUCCGCAUCAUCGCCCCCAUUACUCCCCUUCUUGCCCAAGAAGUGUGGGAACACUGCCCCCCUUCGGUAACCAAGGGUCUCGAUAGCCCUGCCAAGGCGGGAUGGCCAAACGUCGACAAAUCCUGGAUCAACAAAGAUCUUGACGCUGAAUUCGCUCAACUCAAAUCUAUCAGAAAGACUAUUAAUGAUGCGGUUGAGCUGGCUCGCUCUGACAAGAAGGUUGGCUCAUCUCUUGCCUGCGACGUUUAUAUUGAACCGAGCGUUGAAGAUGCCAAGGUUCUCGAAAAUCAUCGCGACAUUCUUCCUCUUGUCUUUAUCGCCUCCCAGGUCGAGCUCGGUCCUCCCCUUGCCAACCCUGAGUGGAUUUUCUCUGCCGAAAAUGCGGGCACAAAAGUUUCCGUGGUUGAGCCCAGCCAUCACAAAUGCCCUCGUUGCUGGCAAUUCGUUGCUCCGAAAGAGGAUACUCUUUGCCAACGCUGUGAACCCCUAGUUUAA